AUGGGACCCGCACGCGCGCUUCUGCUGCAGCUGCUUUUUCUCUCUGCCCAGGUUUGGGUAGCCUGCUCGGUGCUGGAUGGCGUCUCUCAACUCCCCCAGUGUCAGCACAUGUUGAAACAACAGGGGGCCAGGACCACUGUGCAGAUGCCGCCACACGUGGAGGGCCACUGGGUCUCUACCAGCUGUGAGGUUCGCCCCGGCCCAGAAUUCCUGACCCGCUCUUACCACUUCUUUACCAACAACACGUUCAAGGCGCGUCAGUUUUAUUAUCAAGACCACCAAUGCAGCAAACUCAGCUACACUUUAGUCAUCUGGGGGAAGCUGCGACUGCGGCAAGCCUCCUGGAUAAUUCGGGGCGGUACCGAGUCCGAAUAUCAUCUCCACAGGAUCAAUAUAAUCUUUCACUCUGAUUCCACGGCCAAAAACUUGAGUCGUAAACUUUCCCAAGCUUGCAAAGUCGCAUUCAAAACUACAGCUCAAGUUGGAGUUUUGUAUGUAAUAAGGAGUGAAGACGGGAUCUUGGAUUGCACCAAAGAGCUCAACUUCACCAUGCAUGAACUUCAGCUGCUCAGAGUGGAAAAAAAAUAUAUACAAAGCCAAAACCUGGAUUGGAGCCAAGACCAGAGCCAAGACUUGGACCUGGACCAGGGCCAUGUGGUGGAGGAGCUGUUUUUGGGAGAUGUCCACACAGAGAUGGAGCAAAGGAUGUACUACAAGCCGUCCAGUUACCAGACAGCCCUGCAAAACGCCAAUCACCACGAGCGUGGCUGUGUUGUGUGCCGUAUCCUGUCACGUUCAGACGAGCAGCGCCCUCCAGUGCUCCCUCUGCGCCCUGACAUCACAGUGUCACUCUCCGGUCAGUGGGUCAGUCAGCGCUGUGAGGUGCGGCCCGAGGUACUGUUCCUCACCCGACACUUCAGCUUCCACCAGCACAACCGCACCUGGGAGGGACGCUAUUAUCACUACUCCGACCCAGUGUGUCGACACCCCACCUUCAUUCUGUACGCUAGGGGACGCUACAGCCAAGGACUUCUCUCCCAUGCUAUCAUGGGAGGCACCAACUUUGUGUUUAAAGUGAACCACAUGCGCGUCACCCCCAUGGACCAGGCCACCACCUCUCUGCUGAACGUCUUUAGUGGGGGCGAGUGCGGAGUCGAGCGGUCAUGGCACGUGGGCGUGGAGCAGGACGUGACACAAACUAAUGGAUGCCUCGCACUGGGAAUCCGGCUACCCCACACCGAGUACGAGCUCUUCAGAAUGGGUCGCGACUCACAAGGCCGAUACCUACUUUUUAACGGACAACGACCCAGCGAUGGAUCAAGUCCAGACCGGCCUGAGAAGAGAGCCACAUCUUACCAGUCACCCCUAGUGCAGUGCAUAGGCGACUCUGGCUUCCAUGGCUUCUAUAACAGAAAGCAUGCUGCAGAGAGGACACAGAGGCAGAAACUACACGGAGGAGUGGUGGUCGUGGUCGUGCUCAAACAAGAGGUCGAGGAAGAGGGCGUCCGCUAG